AUGGUGCAUGCCCGUGAUAUCGUCACAGGUGAAUCUCCCCUACCCACGGAGGAUGACCUGGACUUGCAUCGAAAUGAUCUUCUGCAGGGAACAUGGCAAGCAGAUGGUACACUUUGGCAGAUGGCAGGACGAUGCUGGAACGUUGCCAAAGACCUGGAAGUUGAUCCAAAUUUGCAAUUUCGGUGCCGCUUCAUGCUGUUGUUCCUCUUCGGCAUCCUCGGCCAUCAGCAUCCGCUGCGGCCACUGCUCCCUGAGCGCAGCUGCGAGGAGUGGGCUGUCCUAUCCAUGCCGGACAGGGUGUUGCGCACCCUUGAUCUGGAGAUGAUGCAGCGCUUCUACCGUCCCGGCCAAGAGUACGAGCUCGGCAUUCCUCGAGGCAGAGAAGUGUGGAUUGUCGGAGCAUUUUCCUCUGGACCAGAAGAGCUCGGGCAGAUCUUACGAUGGACGCCGUCAAGAAUUCAUAUGUUCGAGCCUAUCGUAGAGUUCUUCGAGAAGUUGAAGUUGCAAUGGCGUGGUCACGAGCAUGGACAGUUGGUGCAUCUACACAACUACGGUCUUGGGGAAGCACGAGAGCGUGGCGAGAUGUUCAUGGCCUCUGUGGGAAGCUCUCUUUUCCAGCCCAUGGAGUUCUCGGCGACUCGCUUGUUCUUGGACUCUGUGAGCGAUUUUAAACACGGGAGGCUCCGCGAGCAUCGCACCCACGUCCGCGUGGAGGCUGUCGAGCUGGUCUGGAGAAUCCUUUCCACGGAAUCCCUCGGCCUCCUCCACAUGAAUUGCGAGGGCUGUGAGUACGAAGUAAUUCCACAGCUGGCGGUGGCAGGGCUCCUGCACAAGAUUCAGGUCAUCUUCGUAGCAUCGCAUCUUGUGCUCAAUGAUACAGAAGCUGCUGAGCUCUGCGAUGCUGCAUCUUCGGGCACCUGCUCGUACGAUGCUGCCAUGGUUGGGGGUCAGCGUUUCUGUGACAGCUUUGAGGAGGCGACGAGACGGCAGCCGAGGAGGCUGUGCAGCCUGCUCUUCUGGUGUCUGGCCGCAUCUGAGACCUUGGAGCUGCGGUCGGGGACCUCAGUGAUUGCUCAAAUGCAAGGGGCCACGGCUGUGGAGCUUUGGUGGGGGCAGCCAAGGGAUGUUGGGAAGUUUCUGGAUCCGGUAUUUGUGCCGGACUUCUUUCUCGAUGCUGCUCCAGCCGCAGAGGCUGCCGCCUUCGGAGGAGUGUUCGGGGCCCUCACAGACGAUCCACCGUUGGGACAAGGCUACGUGGCCUCAGUGCUGGACUCACUGCAGCUCCCUCCGCGGAUGGCCCCAGUUCUCCUUUGGGAGACCGGCCUCUUCUUGCAGCAUUUGGCUUCGGAGGAGGUCUCACAGGUGAUCGUGGAUGUUGGUGCGCACGAGUGGAGCCGCUUUCUUCCAAGGCUGCGGGAAGAUCCUAAAGCCUGGUUGAUCCUUCUGGAGCCGGGUCGAAAAGCAUUCUUGAUGCUUUAUCGACGCCUGAAGAUGGACUAUGCCGAUGUGAUCGACCGGGUAGUGGCACUUCCAGUAGCGCUGACGUGGGAACCAGGCCGCCUCUGGGGGUUUCGUGUGCUUCACACCAGCGUCGUCAUGGAUGGAGAAUGCAACAGCCUACUGGAGCCGAAUGACCAGUUCCCGGCUCCCUGCAUUGACAGAGGUCCAGAAGAGAUUGUGCCCGCCGCCGGUAUUGAGCAGUUGAUAAUGGACGCUGCAGAGACCAGACAUCUUGGCCACACUGCGCAACGCGCAAGGUGUAAGACAUUUGUAGCCGAAUAUGCGUUCAGUCAGGGCCACAGCGUCUUGAAUGCGACACAGCAAGACCAUGUGGCCACAUCUCACAAUGAAGGACCUCCCAUCAGAAUCAAGCUGGAUGCACAAGGUGCAGACUUCGGCAUCUUCUCGGUCUUGGAGUCCAAGCAGGCACUGCUGAAGCGCGUAGCAGAGGUGCAGCUGGAAGUCUCGGAUCCAAUGUACCAUCUGCAGCCCUCCAGGCAUGAUAUCAUGGUGGGAAUGCGUCGCCUUGGAUUUCAGCUGGAUUGGCAGAAGCAGGAGAUUCAUGACGGAGGAGUGCACCAAGUGCGCUGUGGGUGUCGUUUGGUCACCGACAAUCCGCGUACCGAAGAUUGUUUUUUCGUUCGUGCUGCGCAUUGGACUCACGGACGGAUGUUGGACCUCUUCCUUCGGCGACCAGAUGAAUCCGUGCGUUUGAGCGAGGGAACCGGGAUGAGCAUCUCGCUACAGUAUGGCCGCUACAUGCAGGACCAUAUCAAUGCGUGCGAGCACGAUGCAGGCGCGAGGUUAGAAGAGCAGGAUGAUGAGAUGGGUGCUGGCGGAUUGGCCUGCCUCUACCGCAUUGCAGGCUGGCCACUCCGACAAGCGGCACUCUCAACCGCACUGCUGUGGGAGAUGAUUUGGAAUAGCAAGCAGGAAGCGGAUCGCGGCACGCUCGUGGUAAACUAUGCGCAGGUGAUACUCGCAAUGUGGGAUCUCCUAGUGUUCGGUGGGCCAGACAAUGACUCUGCAUGGGACGAGCUUCAUGAUGCUGGCGUGGCGCACUUGAUGUUCACAGUGCUGGUCGAGGCCAGCUGCCUUCUCUUUCCGGACCUGUGCAGCACGGACUGCAUGGACAUUCCGUCCGAAGCUGUAGAAGAACGUCAUCCAGGGCAUACGACGCCCUGUGCCUCACUCCGCGAUUGUCGCACGAUCUUUCACGACGCCAACCCCCAGACUGUGAUCAAGCUUCCCGACACAUACGUUCCUGUUCUCCGGAGGGCACAGCGCCUUACGCGCCCGCCGUGCUUUCCAUCCCGUUGGCGUCUGGAGCUCGAUCGUACGUCAACUUUCCCAACCGUUGCAAGCGGCGGCCACAACGUUACUGUGAUUGCAGUUGACGCCUCGCACUGCAGCCUGGAAAUCUCGAUGAUAGCAUGGGAUCUGGAUGCUGCCGAAAUGCUCUCGUUUCACAGAGAUAUUUGGGACAGCGCAGAACGAGGUCGGGCAAACAUCGACGCAGCCGAUUUUCGAAUUCCAACGGAAGGCAAUCUGUGGGAUUUUGAUUGCCAGUUCGAGACCCCGUCUGGACUUUUGUGGACACGUGGAGACGUUGUGAGCUACCCCAUCCUUAGUGAACUUCCACAAACCCAGGAAGCACCUGUUCUGAUCGUUCACUGUGAGGCUCCGGGAGGGAGCAGACUUACAUCGCCUCCGUCAUCGGUCCUCCUGACGCGAUCUGUGCGGUCUAUUCCCGACAUGCCCUCCAUCCAACUCGAGGUGCCGUUGCGGGAGAAUCAGCGGAAGAAAGUCAGAACAGCUUUGUGCAAUUCACAAGUCUGGGGAUCGCACUCUCUGAAACAGCUGGCUCCGGACCUCAUAGAGUUCUGGCUGUUAUACUACAGCGAGUAUUUGGGGAUCGAUGAAAUCUACGUCUAUGAUUUGGAUGGAUCUUUCGAGAGCAUUCCCCUCGUUCAGGAACUCCGUGCCAGUGGACGUGUGGUUUACGAUCCGUUCUUCUCCAGCAUACCGCCGUUGAAGGAUAUUUUUGCUGUGGCCGGGCACAAGACUUCGACGGCACACUUGGCGCAGACCCUUGUGCAGCACCACUGUUGGCAGCAUGCCAGGCAGACCGCUGACUGGGUCAUCUCGCUCAAUCAUGGCUGGGACAUGUUCCUAUAUUCUCCGGCUGGGAGCACCCUUCAGGACCUCCUGGAGGAACUGCCACCGGACCAGGUGACUCGUGUGCUCGGCGUACGAUAUGGGGAGCACGAUUCUGUCGAUUCUGAUGCCCAGGUCACGCCGAAUGUGAAUGUGUUCCUGCGCUUUCCGUACCAUAUAGACCCUGGCGUGCGACCAGAGAAGAACAGCACCGAGGAGCUGGUAAUUAUCGCUAGACCCUCUCUGAUUGCAAAUGUUGCACUCAGCGCUGUCGUGGUCCGACAAGAGGCCCCGCUUCGUUCGAACUUGCUGGAACACCCGCUGCCGUGUCCGAAAGGGCAGUCGCGAGAGUUUGCCGGGCCGAUGAUGCACAAGGCCCGGCAGCUGGAUGCAGAGAAGUGGCGCGCCAAUCACUACGUACAAGCUCUGGGUGGUCGCAAAGUGCUCUAUCGUUCAGAGGAGCAAAUGGUUGAGCUCCGCAACUUCUCCAUGUUCGAUGCUGCUGCAGUUCAGCUCGGCCGCGAGCUUCAAGGCAGAUGGAGGUGCUCGGCAAGAGCCGCAGCCGAUGCGCCGCUUAGCCCUCGAACCGAAGCGGAACCGACGCGCGCCGCGAGCCCCAGACUAGGCAGCAUUGCUUUGGCAACCAACCCGACCCACUAUGGCAACCCAUCCACUGGCUGCGAGUCCGACGAGGUUGCCGUUCGCGUGAGCGGGCUCUCGGGCGACUUCUGCAGUCCGAAGUGCGACAGCCAGGGCACCUGCCCAAGCGAUGUGCCCAAAGGCGACACCGCAAAUCCAGAGUGUGCGCUCCGAACCACGACUGGCGACAAGUACUGCGGCCUGAUCUGCCAGGCUGACUCGGAUUGCGGUACUGGCUCCUGCCAAAAGAUGAUGGGCAUUGGUCUUUGCACCUACACUGCGUCUGUCGACCAGACAGUUGAGGAGGUGUCUAUGGCAACCAACCCCAGCCACUACGGGAACCCAAAGACAGGUUGCCAAAUUGAUGAGGAAGCCGUCCGUGUUAGUGGCAUGUCCGGAGACUUCUGCAGUCCCAAGUGCGACAGCCGUGACGCCUGCCCGAAAGACAUGCCUGCGGGGGAUUCUGCAGACCCAGAAUGCGCUCUGCGAACUGGUUCGGGAGAGAAGUACUGUGCACUCCUGUGCACUUCGGACGCGGACUGCGGCCAGGGCCUUUGCCAGCACAUUCUGGGCACCGGGAUAUGCACUUACACGUCAAGACAUCAGAGCUCGAGCCUGCAG